GUGUACAGAAACAGUGUACGCUUUGCUUCACUUCCUAAUGUAUCACAGGGUAACGAGGAUAAUGGUAAAGGCUUUGCUACUUUGCUUUCAAUUAUUUUUCAGAGUCUUAUAUUAAAAACAGAAUUAUUUGCAUGCAUGUAUAUUGCUUGUUCCUCCAAAAUAUUCCAUGAGUCUAAUUUGUAUAUAAAUGAUGUAUUAGAAUAUAAAAAGCAAAAAAUAUAUGAGAUGAAUACAGCAGUGACUGAGCAAUUGAACAUUCAGGAUAAGUGAGGAUAACAAAGCAGUAUCAGCAAUGGCUGCAUGUGGUUCAAGUCCUCAGUUUGGUGUACAGUUUAUCUCUGAGUUCAGGAUUGUUCUGCUGGGGAAUAAAGGAGCUGGAAAAACCUCUCUAGCAAACAUGAUUUUGUGCAGACAGACCACAUCCCCAAGGAGUACUGCUCAGUGCAUGAAGAUCCGUGGAGUCGCAGCUGGAAGACUGGUCACUCUGGUUGACAGUCCUGGCUGGUGGAAGAACUUUCUUGUGCAUGAGACGCCAGAGUUUCAAAAACAGGAGCUGGUGCUAAGUAUGGCCCAUUGUCAACCAGGACCCCAUGCUGUUCUUCUAGUCAUACGUGUGGAUGCGUUAUACACAGAGAAAAACAAACAAGCAGCGCAGCAGCACCUGGAGCUUUUUGGGAAGGACAUCUGGAAGCACACAAUAGUUGUGUUCACUUAUGGUGAUCGUCUUCAGGAUCAAACAGUUGAGCAGCACAUCGAAAGUGAGGGAGAAACCUUCUUGCAGUGGCUUGUGGGAAAAUGUGGGAACCGGUAUCACAUUUUCAACAUUGAUAGAUACAGAGGUACUCAGGUGAAGGAGCUGCUUGAGAUGAUCGAGGAUAUGGUGGCUGGAAAUGGUGGCUCCUGUUAUGAAAUGGAUAAAAAGUGUCUGUGUGAAGUCAAAGAGAUGAAGAGGGUGGCAGAGGAGAAAGCAAACAAGAGGAGGAUGAUGGUACAGGAACAAAGAAAUGUGCAUGAAGGCCAUAACGUCUCCCUGUCCAACAUAAGAAUGGUGUUGUUAGGCUAUCGGAGAUCUGGGAAAAGUUGUAUCAGGAAUAAUAUCUUUGGAAGAGAGAUCAUUGACUUGAAGAGAACGUCACAAUGUGUGAAGACUCAGAGUGAGAUUGCUGGAAAAAUCAUCACUGUUCUGGACACACCAGGCUGGUGGAAGACUCUCACAGCAAGAGACACUGCAGAACUGGACAAGCAAGAAAUAUUACGCAGCAUUUGUCUGUGUCCCCCAGGACCGCAUGCUUUACUCUUGACUCUACGCUUAGAUAUGCCAUUCAGAGAUGAAGAGCUGAAAUCAUUGGAGGAACACAUGGGUCUUCUUGGCGAGCGAGCUUGGAACCAUACUAUUCUUCUCUUCACUCAUGGGGACUUGCUUGGUGACAUGACUGUUGAGCAGUACAUUGAGAGUGAAGGGAAGGACUUAAAGUUGCUUGCUGCAAAAUGUAGAAACCGGUACCAUGUUCUCAAUAACAAGAAUUUGCUUGAUGGAGGCCAGGUCAUGGAGCUGUUUAAGAAGGUCGAGGAGAUGGUGGCGGAAAAUGAUGGUCUUUAUUAUGAAAUGCACCCAAGGACUUAUAAGGACGUGAGGCGGAAAUGGAGAUUAAUGACCAAAAAAUCCAAGAUGAGGCUGAAGGUGAAGCGUAGAAGGAUGAUAAGCUCAGUGAAAGGUGCUGGACAAUAUCUGACUGAGCUUAGCCUCAUUCUGCUGGGGUACGGUGAAGCUGGUAAAACAUCAGCAAGUAACACCAUCCUAGGCACAACAGAUUUUGGAUUCAAAAGAACUUCCCGGUGUGUGAAGAGAAUGGGAGAGGUAGAAGGAAGACUACUCACUGUGAUAGACACACCAGGAUGGUGGAAACGUCUUCCAAUAGAAGAAAUGCCACAAUUUAGCAAACAGGAAAUUCUACAGAGUGUCUCCCUGGCCCCUCCAGGCCCAGUCAGUUUCUUACUGGUCAUCCGUUUGGACAGUUCUUUUCAAGAGGAAGAGAGAAGAGCUGUGAAGGAUCACAUGAACCUUUUCGGAGACACGGUCUGGGACCAGACCAUUGUUCUUUUCACUUGUGGGGAUUGGUUAGGGGACAGAACCAUUGAGCUGUACAUUGAGAGUGAAGGUGAGGCACUAAAGUGGAUUCUUGAAAAAUGUGGCAAUAGGUAUCAUAUUCUCAGCAACAAGAACCAGAGAAGUAGCAAUCAGGUCUCUGAUCUCCUGAAAAAGAUCGAAGAACUGGUGGCUGAAAACAAAGCAUGUUGUUCAAUGGGCAUGUGGGAGUCGAAGGAGAAGACAGGGAGGAGCUUGGAGAAUGUCCAGGCCAAUGAGAGAGGAAUACAGCAACAAACUGAGGAUUUUGACUUGGAUGAUGAUGUAUUUACUACUGACAUGAAAUACAAUAUUUUUUAAAGAAUUUUAAGUGUAGCUGUAUAAUUGGAACAAUGAGAAGAUGAACACAAAGACUUCUAAGUGUAUUAAAGGUCCACAUGUUAUUUUUUUUAAUGACACGAGUGCAUGAAAGCUAUAUUACUAGCAUUUAGAAAAUUUAAUUUACCAGGUAAAGGAAUAUGUGACACACAAACACUAAUAAAAGAAGAAUAUAUCAAAACUUUGUAUCCUGUCUUCAGUUUUCUCUGCAGUUUUUACUCAUUACUCAAAAAGGCUGUAGGUAAUUUUUAUUUCCACACUAUUGCCAUUUUAUUAAUUUAUUUUAAUAAUUGCAGUAAUUGCAGUGAAUCUGAGGUACUCAAAUUUUGAAUGUUUUUUUUGUUUUACUUUAAAUGCAACAUACCAUAAAAAAUAAAUACACAAAUAAAAAUAAUGUUUAAAUUUUUAGCAUACGGAUAAUGAUUUUUUUUUUUUUGAUUGAUGAAAUGACUGGUUUGAAUAAAAAGCCUGCUAACAGCUAUUGCUUUUCUGUUUGCCAUGCUUGCUAUUUGGAAGAGACAUGAUGAAAAACUUCAGAAAAAUUAGGAAACACAAAUGGUGCUCUUGUGAGUAUGCAUAAUAGUUUUAUGCCUAUACCUACACUGAGCCCCUGUUGUAUAAGCUUCAACAUUAAUUGUAAUUACUUAAUUGAAUUAAUUGAAUUAACUACACUCCUGAGCUGCCGGUGAUCCAGACCCCCCUACGCUCUGGACCAGAUGAGCAUCACUCCUGAGCUGCUGGUAAUCCAGACCUCCCCCCCCUUCACUCUGGACCUGUCCACCGGCAAUGCUUCACACUGCCACGAAGACGCUUCAGCUGUUUUCUAUGGACUACACAAACACACUUUGUACUCACACACACACGCACUACAGUGUAAACCCAUAUGAGGAUGGGUUCUCUGUUGAGUCUGGUUCCUCUCAAGGUUUCUUCCUAUCACCAUCUCAGGGAGUUUUUCCUUGCCACUGUCGCCCUGCUUGCUCAUCAGAGACGUCACACACACACACUUCACUUUACUUUUGUUUGUGUAAAGCUGCUUUGAGACAAUGACCUUUGUAAAAAAGCGCUAUACAAAUAAAAAUGAAUUGAA